UGUAAUAAUUAUUAUUUUCAACUUAUUUGAAACAAAAUUCGUACGUUAAAUUACUCGUAUUAAUAAUGACUCGUAACAUCAUAUAUCCCAAACCUUUACCCGAACUUACUAAACAGAAUAACCCAAUUGAAAGUGGUUUUACCCCAACUGAAAUUGUGGCUUUACAAAAUGGUUGGCGUUUGAUUAAGCGUCGUUUAAAUUAUCAUACAGCGAAAAUAUUUACGGAAUUUUUCAGUGAAAACUAUUUGCUGCUGGAAAGAUUUCGUGAUGUGAAAACUGAAAAAAUCAAUUUGAACAUUUUGCAUCAACAUCCACGUCAACUGAUGAAUAUUUAUGGCCGCCUAAUUGAAAGUGGUCUCAAUGAUGUGACCUAUAUCAAUAUGUUAUUGAGUGGUGUGGGACAUGGACACAAAUUAUAUAAAGUUACAUACGAUGACAUUAAGUUACUUACCGACUAUAUUAAACUGUAUUUUACGGAACUAUUGGAGAAAAUAAAAUCUAGCACAUUUCUAAAUGCUUUGGCAAAAUUAAGUGAUCUUAUCAAUGAGCAACACAGGGAAAAGGCAGAAGUGGAAGAACAAAAAUCAAGCAGACCAAGUAAUGAUGCCAGUUAAAUAAAAUAAAUACAGAG